AUGGCUGACGGUCCGGAUAAAACAGACGAGCUAUACCCUAUAGCUGUACUAAUUGACGAGUUAAAGCAUGAUGAUGUCCUCUUACGAUUAAAUGCCAUACACCGUCUAUCAACCAUAGCGCUAGCUCUAGGAGCUGAGCGUACUAGAGAGGAACUUAUUCCAUUUCUUGACGAAUCUGUUGAGGAUGAAGAUGAAGUACUCACAGCUCUAAGUGAAGAGCUUGGUAGCUUCGUUGAAUACGUUGGCGGGCCAGAAUGGGGACACGUUCUCCUCUCACCGCUAGAGAAUUUAGCAGCGAUAGAAGAACCUUUAGUGCGGGAGAAAGCCGUUGAAUCCUUAAAUAAGAUAUGUGAGGAGCUGUCUUCUCAGCAAGUCGAAGACUAUUUCAUACCUCUCACAAUCCGACUUUCAAAAGCGGAUUGGUUUACGUCAAAAAUAUCAGCAACCGGCCUCUUCAACGUUCCAUACAAAAAGUCAACGCCUCCCAUGCAAGCACACCUUCGUAAACAGUUUGGACAACUUGUUUACGAUGAAACCCCCAUGGUUAGGAGACAAGCCGCAACUAAUUUAGCUAAAUUUGUACAAGAAAUGCCUGCCACAAUUGUAGUCGAAGAGAUGGUACCUUUAUUCCAGCACCUGACGUCGGACGAUCAGGAUAGUGUUAGGCUACUGACUGUAGAGGUUUUAAUUGCUAUAGCGGAAGUGGUGCCAAAAGAGCAACAGUCAAGCCAUGGGGUCUUACUUUCAGCCUUGAGAACAUUAAUUGAUGACAAGAGCUGGAGAGUUCGCUACAUGGUUGCAGAUCGCUUUGAAAAGAUCGCCAAAGCUGUGGAUGAUGAGGUUGUCUCCAGAGAUCUUGUUCCAGCAUUCGUCAAAUUGCUCAAGGAUAACGAAGCAGAAGUUCGGACAGCUAUCACUGGACAAAUUCCAGGCUUUUGUAAAUUACUCAGUAGAACAAUACUCCUCCACAAAAUUAUCUCCACUAUCGAAGAUUUGGUAUCUGAUACAUCUCAACACGUUCGUGCUGUCCUAGGAAUUAAAAUUAGCGCCUUGGCGCCUAUCCUGGGUAGACAAGAAACUAUUGAUCACUUGGUACCAAUGUUUCUACAAAUGCUGAAAGAUGAGUAUCCUGAUGUUCGCCUACAUAUUAUCUCAAAGCUCGAUGUAAUCAAUGAGGUCAUCGGGAUUGAGCUUCUAGCCCAAUCUCUUCUGCCUGCGAUUGUCCAAUUAGCAGAAGAUAAACAAUGGAGAGUUCGAUUAGCAAUCAUCGAGUACAUACCUCUUUUAGCAAAACAGCUCGGGGUGGGAUUUUUCGACGCGGAAUUAGCCUCACUCUGCAUGGCAUGGCUUGGGGACACUGUUUUUUCGAUUCGAGAAGCAGCUACCCACAACCUUAAGAAAUUGACUGAGAUUUUCGGAGACAGUUGGGCAAAUCAAGCUAUUAUCCCCAAGGUCAUGGCCAUGGGUGCCCACACAAAUUACCUGUAUAGAAUGACAACAUGUUUUGCUAUCACGACACUUGCAACAGUAGUUAGUCUAGACGUGAUCUCAAGAUCCAUUCUUCCAAUGAUGGAUAAGCUUGUCGAAGAUGAAAUUCCUAACAUUCGUUUCAAUGUCGCCAAAUCAUAUGCUGAAUUGAUCUCGGUUUUGAAAAAACUGCCUGACGAAGGUACAAUUUACUCUCUCGAAAAGACGGGAGCUGUAGGUAUUCCGUCAGCAAAAGCAGAUGCACUCAUUCAGGAGAAGAUUUUGCCAAAUCUAGAGAAGCUUCAAAAUGAUGAAGACGUUGAUGUUCGUUUCUUCGCUACUACAGCAGCUUCUUCGAUUAUAGGAGAACCCAUGGUUACAUCACCAUAG